GUGAGAGAGCGAGCCCAGGCUGGAGCAGGGGUCAGCAAAGUAAGUAUCAUUGGUGUCAGUGGGAGGAAUAGUGCCCCAUCAUUUGUGUCACUAAUACCAACGGCGCCCCAUCAUUGGUGUCAGUGGGGAGGAGGAAUAGUGCCCCAUCAUUGGUGUCAGUGGGGAGGAGGAAUAGUGCCCCAUCAUUGGUGUCAGUGGGGAGGAGGAAUAGUGCCCCGUCAUUGGUGUCAGUGGGGGAGGAGGAAUAGUGCCCCAUCGUUGGUGUCAGUGGGGAGGAGGAAUAGUGCCCCAUCAUUGGUGUCAGUGGGGAGGAGGAAUAGUGGCCCAUCGUUGGUGUCAGUGGGGGAGGAAUAGUGCCCCAUCAUUGGUGUCAGUGGGGGAGGAAUAGUGCCCCAUCAUUGGUAUCAGUGGGGAGAAAAGUGCCCCAUCAUUGGUGUCAGUGGGGGAGGAAUAGUGCCCCAUCGUUGGUGUCAGUGGGGAGGAGGAAUAGUGCCCCAUCGUUGGUGUCAGUGGGGGAGAGGAGCGGCUGCUCCUUCUUUCAGU